GGCCCGCUCCAGGGACUCCUUCUACCUCUGUGGGGCACUGCCCCUGCCCGUCUGUGCACAUCGAGACAAUUGGCCCCGUUUCCACCCUGAAGGUGAUCGAUGUCGCCACCACUCCCUGUGCAGCCCCUUCUGCUGGUUCCUGUGGGUCUGUUGGAGGUGCCGGCACAGCGGUGGCAGGGGACAGGAGGGGCGUGUGGCCUGUCAUCCUCUGCCCGGGGGGGUGGUGACCGUGUUACAGCCCCCGCAGCCGGAGUUACCUGUUGGGAUGAACCCCGGAGAGCUGCUAAGCUGCGACAAGGAAGAGCCAGCUUUGGCGUGUGUGUUGAUCAGGGAACUCAGCGCUGUGGCUGCGAGGUGGCCCAGAGCCUCCCGCUGCCCUGCGCUGUCACCCUCUUCUCCUUUCGCAAAUCUCUGCAUCGCUGCUCUGGUUUUCCACCUCCAGGGCUGGCUUUGAAAAGGCUCCAGAGGAGCCGAGCCAAGUUCUCCUAAUAGCCUUUUCAAAACUUGCUCUUGUGUUUGCCUGCAGCAAUUAGCUGCUUUGUUGGAGAAGAGCAGUUUUUUCAUCAGCCUGUUGAUGGUUGUGUGGAAGCGGGGGCAGCUCCCAUGAAGCGUUGUUGAUGGCAUCUGUCAUGAGUCUGUGAUGCUCCCGUCAGUGAUAACUCUAUUAGUGUGACCUAUGCAACGCUACCGGUCGCUGAAUUUCCUCCUACUCCUGGCACUGCAGGGGACGAGGGGUGCCGCAGUCCUUUCAGAGCCCUCUCCGGUGAUUCCCCCCAUUCUCGUUGCCCCGGGAGUCGUUGCUUGCCGUGGGGGUGCAGGCGAGGGCUCUUCGGGUGCAUCCCAGAAACGGGACAGUGGAUGGAAGGCAGUUGUGGGGUGGCUUCCAGCGUAGCAGCCCUGUUUGGAAUAACGCUGUUGGAGUGUGCGGAGCUGCCAGCGAGGCUGCACACCUCGGGCCCGGCUCUCGUGCUCUGCCCUUGCAGGGGAGCUAAAGAAAGAUGAACUUUAGCUCUUGAGCUACUUUUAGCAGCUUCACUCUGAGCUCUGGACAGCGUGUUUACCCCUGGGCUUGCAUCAUGCCGUGCUUGGCCCUGGCCGCUUCGGCUGCUCCCUGGCUCCGUUCCAGAGCCGGGAGGAGAGGCUAACCGCAGAGACGGGCGAGCCCAGCAGAAUCGGAAAGGUUCAACCCUCAGAUCUCUCAACCCAGUCAAGGGAGGCUUCCCGGCGGUGGGGCUGGCUGGGGAGAGGCUCCUGCACCGGGGUUUGGGAGCUGGCGAGAUCAGGACUUCCCUGAGGCUGGUGACUGUGACGGUGAGGAGCGUCACAGGGACCCUUUCCCUGCACGGCAGUCGGCGCUUCAGGCUGCCUGGCCGCCUGCUGUUGAUGCUGGAGGAGCUGGAGCUCGGUCUGCACCGAAGGAGCCCCUCAGCCCUUUGGCUUUCGUCUCCUUCCUGACCUCUCCCCGCUCCCGGCCGGCCCUGCCUCCCGCAUCCCCUGCCUUGAUGAUGGGCCAGUGGCCUGCGUCGCAGGGGGCCCCCUUCCCGGGGCUGUGUGCCCUGCUGUCGCCCGCUGUGACAGAGCUGUCUCUGCUUGAGCCCAUGUCCUGCCAAAGCACGUCUCAGGGCUCUUCCCAGCCGGCUGCUCUUGCUGCAGUGUCUGGAGGGGUCGCCAGGUCAGGCUGCGGUUGAACUGGGGGGUGUAAAAACCUCAGUGUGAUCUGCUUCUGCUGAGGCUGAGACAUCCCUGGAGGUGAGAACUGGAUGCAGCAGAGCCCCCGGGGACGGCGAGCAGAGGCCAAAUCCUGCGCUGGGCUGGCUGCAGGCGCAGCGAGCAGGCAGCGGCCGACCCUGCGGGCUGCGUGCUUCUUCCGUGGUCUGCAGCCACUGCCUUGGCUUCCUCGGCCGCUCUCCCCGCGCGAUGCCUGCGGUGGGAAGAGGCAGAGCAGCUCCUGUUUCGCCGCGUUUUAGUUUUGUUUUUCAGGGAUCGUCGCGACGGCGCACGGUGCUGGGGCCCUGCCGGGGCACCGGCUUCCUGCAGCCGCGGAGCAUGCGCUGCAGCGGGGGCACCUCGAGCAGGGCCCGGGCUGCCGCGGCGGCUCGCUCUGUGGCUAUUUGUGGCAGCGAGAAGUGCCUGAUUCCCGUCCAAACGCUGCUGCCGCGUGGCAGCCCGGGAGCUUUGCCUUAAGCCUUCCGGUGCUCUGCAGGCUGGGGCUGCAGUACUGCCCUGAAAUACCCGGGUUGUGGCUUUCUCGUGGAAGAUUUGCUUGGAUCGGGGUUCAGUGAAGCAGCAACUGGUUCAGCUGAUAGGGGAAAGCCCAUCCGUGAGCCAUUCCGCAGCGGGGGCUGCCCAGGAAGCCGGGUCCUGUGCCACAGUGACACCGCAGCGGUGGCACGGCAACACCCGUCCUCGGCUCCCGGCUCAGGACUGGGGAUGCUGCUCCAGCAGGAGACGGGCUGGGGCAGCGGCUGCCGUUUCCCCACAGUCUGGUGAAGCACCCGCCGUGCACGGGGCUGCCAUCGCCGUGGUGCAAUAGGAAACGAGGUGGCUGAGCUCACCAGCUGGCAGGGGACUCUGGUGGCUUGUAGGUUUUCAGCUCUUGCCUGGCCCAUGUAUUUCUUGGGGUUUUUACCCCCAGAAGAAGCACCACAGGGUUCACGCUGGAGUGGGAGCAGCCACCAGGGCCAGGUUAAGAGAGCCGUGAAUGCACCACAGCCGCCUGCGUGGAAGGAUUGCUCCUGUGCCGCUGCAGGCGGGCAAACGGCCAGCAAAGAGCUGAAUCCACUGCAAAAUGGGGGCUCUGAGGCAAUGCCCGGUCGCAGUGGCCCUGUCACAUCAAGCCAGGUCUUGCUCCGAGGCUGAAGGAGCGUCUGUUGUUUACAGGCUCCUGCGUGGACCAGUGUUUCUCUCUCUCUCCCCUCCCUUUCACUCAUUGCUCCAUUAAAACCAGGCUUGGUUCACGUGGUCUUCUCUGAGGAUUGCACCAGAGGGUGGCUGGUCAAGGUUAAUGGCCUGGGGAUGUGGCCGCUGUCUCUGGGGCUACUCAAUGCUGUGAAGUUCUAAAAACCCCUCUAACUCCAUGCCGGGUCCCAGUGUCUGUCUUCUCCCUGUGGCCCAGUCCACGACAGGAUGUUCCCCCUUUCUCUCUUCUUACAAAAAGAAUCCAGAAAAAUGGGGAAAGUGUGAGAUGCAGCAAAGAUCAGAAGAGCACGACGUACUGUGCCGCUGAAAGCGUCCGGUGGCAGCGAUAUGAUACGUGGGGCUCAAAACUCCUCAUGCUGCUCUGUGCCCCGGGAUGUCUUAUUUGCUGGUCUUGCCUGAUGAAAGCCUGCCUGGCUCCUGCGUGGAGCGGCUGCUCUCGCCAUGGGUCUGGGUCUGGUUGUUUUGGCUUUGCCUGCUCCCAGCGCACCCUGGGGCUCAGGGCAGAGCAGCCCGGUUUGCUGGAGGGGAGUAAAUCCCAUCCUGAGGAGUGGCACGGCCUUCCUCCCGUCUGCCUCCUCGCUGAGCAAAGCUCUGCUUGCCGGACGCAGCCCUCUGCCUCCCGGCACCCCUCCUGCUGCCGGCCCCUUCCCAGACCUUCACCCGUCCCGGUGCAUUCGCUGGGGUUCUCUUUGUGCCGGCUCCAUGGGGCUGCCCCACUGCCAUGGUUUGCUCCAGCGCUGCCGCAGGACGGAGCGCAGUGCCCCGGCCCAUGCCGAGCCCGGGGCCAGCCUGGGACUUGUGGCUGGUGCCGGCCCCUCGUCUGCUCCUGCGUCACUGGCGGUGCCCGCUGCUGCUCCGCUGGCCGUCCCCAAAGCCCAGCUGGCGCGUCGCCCGCUGCGGUGACCUUUGGAAAAGCAACAGCCCUCUGCAGGGGAGUGACUUGCUGCUGGUGUGGAGCAGAGCUCUGUGCCUUUGCUCCCUGAACACAGCUUGCCGUCCCCUCGUUAGCGUCAGUUUGAUUUCCAUCCCUACGCAAGUCGCUAACUCGAAAAUUGCUCCUUCCUUGUUUCUGAUGUUUCCCGGCAGUCUCCGCCUUCUGCACUUACUGUAAGCUCUGCAGCUCUUCCCUGCCUCCCGGAGCAGAGGCAGGCAUGCGCUGUCUGGCCGGAGGGUGCCUGGAAGACAUUGGCACCAGAUUAAAGCCUUGUACCUGUCGUUAGUGACCUACAUGCCCGAGACCCCUCCCUUUCCCCCGGGAAAGAAGGUCUCCGGAGCUGGCCAGGAUGGCGCAGUGGAACCAGCUGCAGCAGCUCGACACGCGGUACCUGGAGCAGCUCCACCAGCUCUACAGCGACAGCUUUCCCAUGGAGCUCCGGCAGUUCCUGGCCCCAUGGAUUGAGAGCCAGGACUGGGCGUACGCUGCCAGCAAGGAGUCGCACGCCACGCUGGUGUUCCACAACCUGCUGGGGGAGAUCGACCAGCAGUACAGCCGCUUCCUGCAGGAGUCCAAUGUCUUGUACCAGCACAACCUGCGGCGCAUCAAGCAGUUCCUGCAGAGCAGGUACUUGGAGAAGCCGAUGGAAAUCGCCCGCAUCGUGGCUCGCUGCCUGUGGGAAGAGUCCCGGCUGCUCCAGACGGCUGCCACCGCAGCCCAGCAAGGGGGACAGGCAACGCAUCCAACAGCAGCCGUAGUGACGGAAAAGCAGCAGAUGCUGGAGCAGCAUCUGCAGGAUGUGAGGAAGAGAGUGCAGGAUCUGGAGCAGAAGAUGAAAGUGGUGGAGAAUCUACAGGAUGACUUUGAUUUUAACUACAAGACUUUGAAAAGCCAAGGAGACAUGCAGGAUCUGAAUGGAAACAAUCAGUCGGUGACCCGGCAGAAGAUGCAGCAGCUGGAACAGAUGCUCACGGCGCUGGACCAAAUGCGAAGGGGUAUUGUGAGCGAGCUGGCCGGACUGCUGUCAGCCAUGGAGUAUGUGCAGAAGAUGCUGGCAGAUGAGGAACUGGCAGACUGGAAGAGACGGCAGCAGAUCGCCUGCAUUGGCGGCCCACCGAAUAUCUGCUUAGACCGGCUCGAGAACUGGAUAACCUCUCUUGCCGAAUCACAGCUACAGACCCGGCAGCAGAUCAAGAAGUUGGAAGAACUGCAGCAGAAAGUGUCCUACAAGGGUGACCCAAUCGUCCAACACCGGCCCAUGCUGGAGGAGCGGAUUGUGGAGCUGUUCAGGAACCUGAUGAAAAGCGCUUUCGUCGUGGAGAGGCAGCCCUGCAUGCCCAUGCACCCCGACCGGCCCCUGGUCAUCAAAACCGGCGUGCAGUUCACCACCAAAGUCAGGUUGUUGGUCAAGUUUCCCGAGCUGAACUAUCAGCUGAAAAUUAAAGUCUGCAUUGACAAGGACUCCGGGGAUGUUGCAGCACUUCGGGGGUCCCGGAAGUUUAACAUCCUGGGGACAAACACCAAGGUCAUGAACAUGGAGGAGUCGAACAACGGCAGCCUCUCAGCAGAGUUCAAGCACCUGACCCUGCGGGAGCAGCGGUGUGGGAACGGAGGCAGAGCCAACUGCGACGCCUCGCUGAUAGUCACUGAGGAGCUGCACCUCAUCACCUUUGAGACAGAGGUGUAUCACCAGGGGCUGAAGAUCGACCUGGAGACCCACUCGCUGCCUGUGGUGGUCAUCUCCAACAUCUGCCAGAUGCCCAAUGCCUGGGCAUCCAUCCUGUGGUACAACAUGCUGACCAACAACCCCAAGAACGUGAACUUCUUCACCAAACCCCCCAUCGGGACCUGGGACCAGGUGGCGGAGGUGCUGAGCUGGCAGUUCUCCUCCACCACGAAGCGCGGCCUCAGCAUCGAGCAGCUGACGACGCUGGCGGAAAAACUUCUAGGGCCAGGUGUGAAUUACUCCGGCUGUCAGAUCACCUGGGCCAAGUUCUGCAAGGAGAACAUGGCUGGCAAAGGCUUCUCUUUCUGGGUCUGGCUGGACAACAUCAUUGACUUGGUGAAAAAGUACAUCCUGGCGCUGUGGAACGAAGGGUACAUCAUGGGAUUCAUCAGCAAGGAGCGGGAGCGAGCCAUCCUGAGCACCAAGCCUCCGGGAACCUUCCUGCUGCGGUUCAGCGAGAGCAGCAAGGAAGGUGGCAUCACCUUCACGUGGGUGGAGAAGGACAUCAGUGGGAAGACCCAGAUCCAGUCCGUGGAGCCUUACACCAAGCAGCAGCUGAACAACAUGUCAUUUGCGGAGAUCAUCAUGGGCUACAAAAUCAUGGAUGCCACCAACAUCCUGGUGUCCCCCCUGGUGUACCUGUACCCGGACAUCCCCAAGGAGGAGGCGUUUGGGAAGUACUGCCGCUCGGAGAGCCAGGAGCACUCUGAAGCUACUGACUCAGGUGCCGCUCCGUAUCUGAAGACCAAGUUCAUCUGUGUCACCCCCACCUCCUUCAGCAACACCAUCGACCUGCCCAUGUCCCCGCGCACCCUGGACUCGCUCAUGCAGUUUGGCAACAGCAGCGAGGGCGCAGAGGCCAACGCAGGAGGGCAGUUUGAGUCACUGACCUUCGACAUGGAGCUGACGCCGGAGUGCGCUUCUUCACCCAUGUGAGGUGCUCUGCCGGCGCUCGCGGGGGCCCUCCCGAGACUCGGGCUUCCCACCUCCAAAGAGCCCCCCCGGUCUCGCCCUGCUUGGUCACGGCUGCUCUGGGCCGUUCCUCGGAGGAGCUGGGGGGGGGUCCUCGCCACCGAUUCCUUGUUUGACCCAAACGCACACCCCCCUCUCGAGGGUGGUGCCGUUCGUCUCUUUGUGGGAGGGGGGGGGGAUGGGGGAUGAACCUUUUUCUAUUUCCUUCCGUAACAGUUUUUUAUUAUUGUUUUGCUCAUUCAAGUGCCUAUUAGCCUCCCAUCGCAGCCUCAGUUUUUACAAACGCUUCUGCAGCCCCAGGCGUGCUGCCUGCUGCUGGAAGCUGCUUUCCCCACUGCCAGAGUCCAAAAGCCCACGAAGAUCCCACGAGCCCGGAUUUGCCUCCGGGUGCCUGAGCCGGGGACGGGGGGGGAUCGGCCGGUCCUGGCCUCCACGCAGGUUCCCUGAUGCACCACGGUGGGCAACUGUGCCCCAGCAGCCCUCCCAGGGGGCAGAGGGGUCUCCUCUCCACACCUUUGGCCCUGGUUUUGCCCAGGAGUGACCGGCAGACGGCUCGGGGCUGGAGGUGGCCGGGCCCAGGCGCUCCCGUAAGAGCCAUGUUCCUUGCUGGGCUCUGCCGGGAGCAGGGAGUUUCGGUGGCUGCCUCCGCUUGCCACCAGCUCCCUGCUGCGGGCACCCAGCUCCGACUGGCUCUAGCAGCCCCAGGGAUCCUGCUGGGACAACUGGUUUCCCUGGGGCAGGGCAGUGAUGUGUCCCAACACCAGCGCGUGCUGUGCAGGGUGAGACCCGUCGGACCCCCGGGGGCAGGAUGGGAGGCCGCUGGAUCCAACGUGACCGGCAGUGGACGGCCUGGCUUGGCCCUUUUCCCCCCGGUAUGGCUGGUGCUGUCCCAGGCAGUGGGUUUGCAGCUUCUCGGGGGCUUCACGUGGCAUUUUUGUUAGAGGUUGGCUGUGGCUGUUAAGGUAGGAGGUGGCAAGAGUUGAAGGGAGCAGGAUGUACGUAGGGAGAGGAAUCCGCUGUCGGCCAGCGCUCGCCAGAGACGUGGGUGUUGCAAAGGGCAGGUUUCCUCCUCGGGGGGGGGAGCCGGGGGGCGGAGGGGGGGUGUCGAGGAAAGCGGGAAGCCGUGCUUGACCGACGGUUGUGGUUCUGUGCACCCCCAAAUGGGGGGAGCCCUGCCCUUUCCAUGCGGUGGGCACACAGACAGUGAUGAGCGAGGAAGAAGAGGGAGCAGGAAGGCUGCCUGUCCCCCUCCCCGGGGUGCUAACGGAGCUGUGGCUGCCCGGGGGGUGGCGGGGGGGGGAGGUUGUGUGCUGUGCUUGGCCGGGCCGGUGCUUCAGGGCUGGGCUGUCACCGAGGCUGUGGGUGACAGCGGCAGAGAAACGUUGUAGUGGGCACCAGCCCUGGGUUGGACACGUCUGAUGGGUCUUAACUGGGUCCUGGGUGGAGAGAAACCCUCAAUCAUCUGUACCGGUGAUGCCGCUGCGGCGCAGGGUGGACCCGACGCCCGGCUCUGGCACUUGUGCCCAGUAAUGGCGGUGGGGUGUCCCCCCGCACCGGCUGGGGGCUGCGCUGUCGGCAUCGCAGCCUGCGGGCAGGGGGAGAUCCCCGGGGAAAGCAGAGGGCUGGGGGGUCCGGGCCGGCCCCCGUCCCUGUGUGGGCAGGAGACGGUGGCUGUGGCUGCCCCAGGGGACAAGAAGGCCCUUUGGAGCUGGGAGGUGCCCCGAGGGGACGAGGGCCGUGCCCCUUGCUCGCGCGUAGCUGCCUCCAGCUGCUGUAGCCCCGGGCAGCACUCAAUACUGUAAAAAAAUUUUUAUUUUUUUGUAUAUUUUAUUGCUGUAUCUACAGGCUUUAACUUUCUCCAAAAUAAAGGCUCUGAAGCGA